AAAGCGAGAAGCUAGAAUGCUGGACGAGCAGAAGAGUGCGUACUAUAGCAGCGGUGAAGCAGGUGGGCAACCCAGCACGGCAGUAACAGAGCAAAGGGACCCUAACUGUGGGCGAGCAGAACUGGCACCCUUGGACUCUUCAGGUCUAUGAGAUCCUUACCAAUGAGAUGCAAGCUCCAGACUUGGGGUUUCUCCCACCAGCCCCAGCCUCAAAACACACCUCCCUGGAAUGGAGAGCAAGCAAGGCAUCUGUACUUGGGCAGAGAGACAGAGGCCCAAGUAUGUCUUGGGAAGAGGAGAAGAGACAUACAGACAACCAGAAAGGGGCUUGGUGACAUCAGGGCACAACAGCAUCACAGGAACGUGGAAAGAGGACCAGCAAAGAGACAGAGAAGACAUCCCCACUGGGGGACAGCCAAGCCAGCUAAGCAGGAUGAGGCAAGAGGCAUAGCCAGAGAGAUAUGCCCUUACCUAUAUGGGGGCCUAGGGCUGGGGGUGCUCCUGUCCCUCGCUGUGGUCGUUCUGUCCGUCUGCCUGUGUCGGCUCCGUGGGAGAGUGAGGAGGCUGGAGAGGAGCUGGGCCCAGCUCUCGCAACAGGAGCCCCACUAUGCGUCCCUGCUGAGGCUGCCUGAACGGAAGGGACCUGGCCUCGGCAACCAAGAAAGGGAAGGCAGCAAGGAGGACCCCAGCACGGACUACGCCUGCAUUGCCAAGAACAAACCCAUCUGAGCACCUCCAGACGCCUCGUCCAACCCAGGCGGGUGGUCAGGGCCAUCCUGUGGUUCACCCAGUAAAGACCAUGGU